GGCUCACAUGCUCACCUAACGUGGGUCUCUCUCUCUCUGUUUUUCCCAAGCAUGGUCAUUCUAGCUUCGUUCUCACUCCACCACGCCAAAAAAACAGUGAGCCCUACAGCGCCAUAGGCAGAUUGAUCCUCACCACUAUCUCCCUCACACAUCGCAUAUCCCAAAAUAUACUCCGGGCGAAGGAGAAGAGAGGAUUACCAGGAAUCUUAGGUGCGUGUAUAUAAGGGUGUGCUUCUCUGAACCUUCAAGUGUCCUGAGCCCCUCACAAGCCAUUUGCGUGCUUUCUACAUCUCACACAUUACGCUUUCCCUAAGCUGCGAAGAUCGGAGACUUGAAGCAAUGGCGUCCCACCGGCUGCUCGUGGCGCUGUGCCUCGUGGCGCUGUUCGCCGUAAGGUCGGAGUCCCACGGCCUGGAUGACUUCACCGGCAGGAACACCGAGGCGAACCCGGCGAUGGAGACCUUCUUCGGUGCCAAGCCCGAGGCCGCCGAGCUCCCGGAGGCCCUCGAUGCCACCAUGCCCGCCAAGCCGGAGGCCGCCUCGGCGAUCCCUACCACCACCACCGCCACUUCCGCUUCAGCCCCGCCGCGGAGGUCCGUGUCCCUCGCCGCCGGCGUGGCGUGCGGCGUGGCGGCCGUGGCGGUGGUCGGCAUCGCGGUCGCCGUGGCCUACGUGGUGCGCGCCCGGCGCGGCGCGCGGCGAGACACGGAGGUCCAGCUCGGCUCCCUGUGAGCCCACCUACUGGGGGCCCGCCCGGCCGCAUGAUAGGUCAUCAUUAGCUGCCUAAGAGCGUCAUUAGCGUGCUUAAUUCGUGUCUGAUUGCUUUCAAGUUAGUUUAAUUCAUCUCUUUCCUCUGGCUGUCGGUGAAGAUGAAGCUACGGAUCAGCACGGUGCAUGUAGCAUAAAUAAUGCUGGCGGUAGCGUGAUGUUGUGUGGUGUUUAGACCUCGCCAUUGUUGCGUCAGGAGUUCAGGAUAUUGUUGUUCAAAUGUUGCAUGCAUGUUUAGGAUUAAUCGUGGCUCCGAAUGCUCCA